AUGGUGGAGACCUCACAAGAGCUGCCUGCGGCUCUGCAGGCUCUGCGCACCUCUAUGCAGGAUGCCUUGGUGGCUAUUGAUCUGGAGUGGCGGCCAGACUUUGGGGCAGGCCAGAGCCGAGUGGCCCUCAUGCAGCUGGCCACCAGCUCCUGCGCUGUGCUCAUCAGAACAUGCCGCCUUAAGCAUCAGCUGCCGCCAGUUCUCGCAGAGUUCCUCAGGGAUCCAACCAUCGUGCUGUGCGGCUUCGGCUGGGACGGCUCAGACGAGAACAAGAUGCAGGCCAGCUUCAGGAUGGGGCGGGCUUCGUUCCCCCACUUUAUAGACCUGCAGAGGGUGAGCGUGGCGAUGGGCUACCACCGCUACGGCCUCGGCAGCCUGACCGCGCGUGUGCUUGGCUUCGAGCUGCCCAAGUCGCGGCGAGUGUCGAUGAGCAACUGGGAGGCGCGGCGGCUGACGCAGGGUCAGGUUGUAUACGCGGCGCUGGAUGCUCUGAUCACGGGGCAGAUUUUCCGCGCGCUGCGGAUGUGGCACUCCAGCACGUCUGCCUGCAGCACCUGCCUCAGCCCCAUCGGCAGCCUCGUGCAAAGCAGCACCCUCACGUGA